ACCUUUUUUCUCUCCUCUUUUUCUCGGUAAAAGGGGCCAUAUAUAAACACAUAAAGGUUGGAUCUUUAUUGAAAAAAUGCAAGAACAAGGCAUGAGCAUGAUGGUGCACCAGCAGCUCAAGGCGGAGAUCGCCGCCCACCCUCUCUAUGAGCAGCUGCUGUCGGCACACGUGGCCUGCCUUCGUGUCGCCACGCCGAUCGAUCAGCUCCCCCUUAUCGAUGCGCACCUCUCUCACUCUCACCACAUCUUGCGCUCUUAUGCUCAGAAUCAAGCCCACUCUUCCUCACCACUUCAAAGCCAGGAGCUUGACAAUUUCUUGGCGCAGUAUGUGUUAGUUUUGUGCUCAUUUCGGGAGCAGCUGCAGCAACAUGUCAGAGUUCAUGCUGUUGAAGCAGUUAUGGCUUGCCGUGAAAUUGAACAGAAUUUGCAAUCUCUCACUGGGGAAGCACUUGGAGAAGGAAGUGGUGUAACAAUGUCAGAUGAUGAGGAUGAGCUGCAAAUGGAUUUCUCUUUGGAUCAAUCAGUAGGCGACGGGCAUGACCUGAUAGGAUUCGGACCAUUGCUACCCACAGAGUCGGAGAGAAGUUUAAUGGAGCGAGUGAGGCAAGAACUCAAAAUAGAAUUAAAACAGGGAUUCAAAUCAAGAAUCGAAGACGUGAGAGAGGAAAUACUAAGGAAGAGAAGGGCAGGGAAGCUGCCGGGUGACACAACGAGUGUGCUAAAGAAUUGGUGGCAGCAACACUCGAAGUGGCCUUAUCCCACUUGGGGUUUGGUAUUCAGGAGGAGGACAAGGCGAAGCUAGUGGAGAAGACGGGUUUGCAGCUGAAGCAGAUAAACAAUUGGUUCAUAAACCAAAGGAAGCGAAACUGGCAUAGCAAUUCGCAGUCUCUCAAGUCCAAGCGAAAGCGAUAGUCGACAAGUAGAUCAUACAAACACUGUCUCAUAUAUUAUGUUACAUGUAUUUUUAGCUGAAUCAUUGAUCAGCUAUCUUAGGAAACAAGGUGUCUCUCACUCACUCACUAACUCACAAAUACUACUACAUAUAUAUUUGUUGUAUCUUCACCUACUAACAGAUGUGACCCUUCAUUUUUUGCUUCA